UUUCAUCCUUCACCUUCAGUCAUCAGGUUUAGUUCAAUUUCUUCAAUAUGUAUUGAUAAUAACAGAUUGAAGUACUAUACUAGAUGAACUAAAUUUAAUUCAGCAUUUAAUAGUAAAUAAUAGUUUUAUAACUUUAUUAAAAGAUGUCCGCAAGCAAACUAGAUGCAGUAUACAGAAGUAUUCUUAUCACAAAAUUUUUUACAAAAGGCUGGGGCAAACCGGAAAAUUUACGCAGGUUGUUUGAAUUCAGAAAAGUAGUAUCAGAUCGCGAGGAAUGCCUCAAAUUGAUUGAUAGAGAUUACCCUGUUACUAUUACAAAAGAACAAAACUUAUCAGAUUGCAAACUAUUAGAAGGUUAUUUUUUGUCACCUUUAGAAAAAUUUUUACCUGGAAUAGUGCCUGAAGUAGCACAAAAGGCCCAUUUUCAAGCAUUGUUGCCAAUGCACUGGCAGGAGAAAGGAUAUAACCCUGUAUGCCUACACCUUGCAGGCACAGGAGAUCAUUUUUUUUGGCGACGGCGGAACCUGAUGGUCAAACCAUUAUUGAAAGAGGCAGGAAUAGGUGGAAUAAUAUUGGAAAAUCCAUUCUAUGGACUUCGGAAACCCACGGAUCAAGUACGUUCGUCACUUCAUAAUGUAUCAGACAUUUUCGUAAUGGGCGGCUGUCUUAUCUUGGAGUCGCUGGUGCUAUUCCACUGGUGCGAGCGCAACGGUCUCGGCCCACUGGGUGUCACAGGACUAUCAAUGGGUGGGCAUAUGGCAUCACUGGCAGCGACGAAUUGGCCCAAGCCCUUAGUACUUGUUCCUUGCCUGUCCUGGUCUACAGCAUCUGCAGUAUUUUUACAGGGUGUAAUGUCACACUCAAUAAACUGGGACUUGUUGGAGGACCAAUACCUAUCAGAUGGCGCCUACAGGGAGAAACUAUCCAAGAUGGUCACAAUAAUCGACGAGGCAUUCCUGGCCGGCAAAAAGUUCGCACAAACAUACUCUAAGAGUAUGGAUAAAAACACACAAACAACCGCACAAGAAAAUAAAACAUCAGUGAACAGUGUUAAGUGUAAUAUGACAGAAAAAGAACUAGAUAUUACGUACAAAGAAUCUAGUCAUACAAAAUUAGACGCACCAAAUGGUAUAGAUGUUAGUAAAAAUUUAGUAUUAAAUAACGAAGUGCCUAAAAAUGCUAUACGAACAGACUUGUUUCAGCAAAUAGAAAAAUUAAAUGAAGAACUAAAGAGAUUACUGGAAGAGGGUAAAAUUAGUAGGGUUUUAUAUGAAAAAUUGGUAUCAAAUGACAAAUUCGAAUUGAAUCCGGAAGAAAUAGAAAACAUUAAUAGAUUAAAUGAAGAGAACAUCAAAGAAAUAAUAAUGAAAUGCAAAAUCGAUACUCUUAAAAUUGAUUCCAGUAAAGCACAACUGCAAACAGCAGAAACAAAUACAUCAUCGAAUGGAACAAUACAAAAAAACAUAUCUACAGAUGUUAUAUUACAAAAAAAUCCAUCCAUAGAAGAUAAAGCAACUACUGUACAUAUACAAAAAACAGUCAACACUCCUUCGGAUAAAGAAGUCAAAAGUAAACCAGAGAAGAAAUCAUGGAAUGUCUCUGACUUGACUUCCGAUUUUUGGGUACAUUUGCCAUUUUUAAGAUCAAGUGGGAAGAAGAUAGAUAUAAGCAAAAUCCAUUGGAGAGACAGAGAAGCGUUACAGUUUAUGAGAGGCAUCAUGGACGAGUGUACGCACUUGAGUAACUUCUCUGUACCAUACGACACAUCGUUGAUUAUAGCGGUAUGCGCGAAGCACGACGCGUACGUACCGCGCGAGGACGUGGGCCGGCUCGAGGAGAUCUGGCCCGGCGCCGAGGUGCGCUACGUCGACGCUGGACACGUUUCCGCCUACAUACUGCACCAGUCGCUCUUCAGAUCCUGUAUAAAGGAAGCUUUUGAGCGAUCGAAAAAGAAAUGGAAGGACGGCAAACACAUUAACUGACAAAUAUUUUCAAGAAGCCUAACGGCAUCCACGUAGCUAAUGUGAAGUUCCUAAGCCGCUUAGUUGCUCAAUGUUAACAAGUGAAUAGUCGCAAGUCCCAAAACUAAUCGUUGGUUAAAUUAUUGUAAAUUACAUAUAAUUUUAUAGUAUAUAUUAGAUAGAAUUUAUUGUAUUCUCUAUUUAUACAACUCAAUUUUUUAUACCACAAAACUAGCUCAUUAUCUAGUCUAUACAUUUAGUAAAAUCUACCUUCUAUGUAUUAUUAAAUUGUAUUUUCAUGCAUUCUAUAAAUUUUGGAAUCAAUAACAUUUAUAUAGUAAGUAGAUUGGGUUUUGUUUCACAAUAAUAUUACUAUAAAUAAGGACGUUAUAAAGGGAACUUUUCCUUUAAUAUGAAGUACAAAAAUUAGUUUUAAAACUUGAGAGUGAUAAUAUUUACAGUCGCGCAAUAUCUUUUCGGUAGAAUUUAUUACCAACUCUCGUGUAAAUAAGACGUUAUUCUCUAUUGAGAAUAUUAUAAAGUGUAACUAUAUUUUUAUAAAUAAAUAUUGUUUUUAUUUUCAA